AUGGCUUCGGCCUGUGGGUCCUCAGCCUUGGCCGGCUCCGGAGCAUCCCCGCCUGGCCCGGGAGUCCAAGCGGCCGGGGCCGAGGAGGAGGAGGAGGAGGAGCAGGAGGUGGUACGAGUCCGAGUCCAGAAAUGUGCGGGCUUCUUGCCACCCGAGCGCCGCUCUUUCGCGGUUGACCCCCAGAUCACCCCCCUCGAGGUGCUGCAGCACAUCCUCGCCCGAGCGUUUGACCUGAGCGGGAAGCACUUUGACCUCCGCUACCGGGGCCGGGAUGGGCUGGGGCAGGAGGUCUACCUCCCGCUCCGGUCGGACCGGGACCUCAGCACGGCCUUCGCCGCGGCCUCCAAACCUUUCCUGCAGCUGCGGCUGGACCUGUGGCCGGCGGAGGCCCGCCCGCUGCUGGAAGACGGGGACCUCUUCGGCCCCCAGGAGGCCGCCGGCCCCGACGUGCCGCUGCCGGAGCAACGGGCGCCCCCGGCGGCGGCUGCCCUGCCCUUCACGCAGGGCCUCCUCGCCCAGGUGGGCCGCACCUGGUCCAGGGUCCAGCAGGUGCUGAGCUGGUCCCCCGGGAAGGAGGCCAAGCCCUUCUGCCCCCCGCUGAGCGAGGCCGAGUUCCACGCGUACCUGCACCCCGACGGCCGGCUCUCGCGCCCGGCGCAGCUGCGCCUGCGCAUCUACCAGGGCGGGGUGGCGCCCUCCCUGCGCGGGGUGGUGUGGCAGCACCUGCUGAACGUGCUGCCGGCCCGCCUGACCGCCCGCCAGCGGGCCGCCUACGUGAGCAGCAAGAGCCGGGAGUACGAGCGGCUCAAGAGCGAGUGGGCGCAGCGCGCCAGCCCCGAGGACCUGGAGCGCAUCCGCGGCGCCGUCCUCCGGGACGUGCGGCGCACCGACCGGGCGCACCCCUACUACGCGGGGCCCGAGGACGGCCCGCACCUGCGAGCCCUGCACGACCUGCUCACCACCUACGCCGUCACCCACCCGCAGGUGUCCUACCGCCAGGGCAUGAGCGACCUGGCCUCGCCCCUCCUGGCGGCGCUGGACCACGAAGGCCAGGCCUUCCUCUGCUUCUGCGCCAUCAUGCGGCGCCUGGCCCCCAACUUCCACCCGGACGGACGGCUGGCCAUGGCCGUCAAGUUCGCCCACCUCCAGCUGCUGCUGCGGCACGUGGACCCCGACUUCUACCGGUACCUGCGGGAGGCGGGGGCCCACAACCUCCUCUUCUGCUACCGCUGGCUGCUGCUCGAGCUCAAGCGGGAGUUCGCCUUUGAGGAUGCCCUGCGCAUGCUCGAGGUCACCUGGAGCUCGCUGCCUCCAGAUCCUCCCGAACGGGAGGUCGAACUCGUCGGGUCCCCCAGCCACGGGGCCGACACUGGCUCCAGGAGCUGCGGGGAGCAGCCCCUGCGACAGGGGCACAGGCCCAGGCCUGCCGGUGGGAGAGGCGGUGCUUUUGAAGAGGCUGUUGACCCCUUGGCCCUGACCAGCCAGGAGCCUGGUGGUGGGGGGCAGCUCCCGGGACCAGCCAGUCUGGAUGACCUCCAGCAACUCAGGGACAGCAGCCGCCCCAGGAGGGACCCUCUCGCCCAGCUUUUCCAUCCCACUGUCCUCAUCAGCUCCAAGUCCCUCUCCAAGCCCUUGCUGAACUCCUCAGACGCACUCCUCUGCUCCCCUUCCCUCCCUGGCUCCCCAUCCUCCUCGUCUCAGCGGUCCUCCCUGGAGGCCUCUCCUGCUGGUGCCGUGGCUGCAGGAUCCCUUUUGAUGCCAGAAGUGGGCUCCCCACAAGACCCUGGGAAGUCCCUGCCACCACCCCAGGAGCUUGGCCAGGGGAACCCGUUCAUGCUCUUUCUCUGCCUCGCCAUCCUGUUAGAGCACCGGGGUCAAAUCAUGAGGAACGGGCUGGAUUACCACGAGGUGGCCAUGCACUUUGACCGCCUUGUGGGGAAGCACCCGCUGGGGCGUGUCCUACACCGGGCCAAGGCCCUCUUUGCUGAUUACCUGCAGUCCUACCUGUGAGACUCAGCUGAGCUCACAGCCUCAUCUUGA